AUGGACACCCCCUCAGGUAUCGCACCCGCGGCAGCCACAGCGGCAAUGUCAACCCGCCAGAUCACCAUGACGGAGUUGAGGCAAAUCCGCGACAACUUCGGAUUCGUCAAAGUGGGGGAUAUCGUCGCUGCCAUUCAGGAUAUGGGGUCUGAUCAUGACGCACUUCGACUGCGUGAUGUCGACAUGGACGAGGUUCUUGCCCGUCUCAACUAG